GUCGGCUGUCCUCUCACGACAACACCGUCCACGCUGAGCAGCGCUCGUGUGAGAAGAAUAGCCGGCCGCAGCCUCUCUACUUUCACGAUGGCCGACGAGGUCUCGAAGGCCCAGACCGCGCAGCCCGAAGUCGACACCAUCUUUGGGAAAAUAAUCCGAGGCGAAAUACCCACGGAAUUCAUUUAUGAAGAUGAUCAGUGCGUUGCUUUCGACGACAUCUCUCCCCAAGCUCCUGUGCACUUCUUGGUGAUUCCGAGGAAACCAAUAAGUCAGCUGUCGACAGCUGAGGAAGCGGAUGAAGCUCUCUUGGGUCACCUGAUGUUCGUGGCACAAAAGGUCGCGAAACAAAAAGGAUUGACGAGAGGUUUCCGUACUGUGAUCAAUGACGGACCGGAAGGAUGUCAAAGUGUCUACCACAUCCACAUCCAUGUGAUCGGCGGUCGCCAACUCACUUGGCCUCCUGGAUAAUUCGCUUGGCCGCAGACUAGUUCCUGAUUCCAAUUGGCUCAUUCUGAGACUUCUUUACUCGGAGUAUUCGAUGGAUAUUUUUUUCGACAAAAAAACUCUCAAUUGUUCUGUUCGACUCUCCCAA